UAGGUUUCAAGUUCCAGUUACUUCCAGAAAGUUGGGGAACAUCCAAAGAAAGGGGGAUCAGCAUCCUGUGAGCUUUACGAAGUGUUUGUUCUGGGCAGAUUUCACGAAAAAUAUCUCGGUUUGUGACAGGGAAGCUGUGACAUCAGCGCGUAGUCUAUGGCAUAAUUUCAAUAAUCAAGAGAUUCUGACACCAUUUCAAGUUUCGAUGAAGAAAUAAUCGAAUGACCAUCAAAACAUCUGGAUGAUGUGUUUUGUUUAAUGCAGGAUCCUAAGCUGGUGUUUAGCAUUGUGUAAGACUUCAGUCACAAUGUACGAGGUGAUCAUACUGAAGGAAGGCUACAGCCAGACUGAGGGACCAGGUCACCAGAAAGCAUGUGGCACCAUUACCUUGCUGAAAGGUCCAAAGAACAUCAUUGUAGAUACGGGAAAUCCAUGGGAUAAAGACCUAAUACUUAAAGGUCUAGAAGAUAAUGGUAUUCUGCCAUUUGAAGUUCGGUUCAUUGUGGGCACUAGUGCUCUGUCUGAUAAAGUUGGCAAUUUGAACCUGUUCACUGGGGCUAUCCAGAUCAUAGCUGGAAAAAUCUUCCAUCAUGAAAACUACUAUCUACAUGCAUUUCACCAGGGAAUUCCUUAUGAAAUUGAUGAUGAUGUAGAAGUCGUCCCCACUGCCGGCCACACAGGUUCUGACGUGUCUGUUAUUGUACGUAACACCAAACUGGGCACUGUGGCAGUCACAGGUAAAUAUGUUUCAUAUGUAAACUAGACAAUAGCAUGAUUAACAUAAUAAGGAAUAAAACUUGGUGAUGGUAUCCUAGCUUAAGUAAUUACAGAGAUGAACAUGGACCAAUCUACAAUGUAUUGUAAUAAAACUUGGUGGUGGUGUUCUAUCCUAAGUAAUUACUGAGAUGAACAUCGACCAAUCUACAAUGUAUUGUAAUAAAACUUGGUGAUGGUGUUGUAUCAUAAGUAUUUACUGAGAUGUAGAACAAGCCACUAUGUAUUAAAGGCAAAGCUAGCUAUACAAAGCGACUGACUUCUAACCACUAUUCCUUGCUUAAUUCUGUCACUCUGGUAUCUCGAUCAACAUUUAAAAUGGUCAAUUAAGAAAAUUAGAUUGACCUGAUUCAACCUAAAAGAUUAACUUCAUCACUCACUUCAACUUACUGGAUGUUGGUUUAAUAUUGGAUUUUCACCUUGGGAUUUAGUUAAACUUCAUAAACAAAAUCUGUUUUAUAGCUUUGUUCAUGAAGACAUAUGAUUUUUCAAUGCCGCUGAAAAGACAAGUUUAUGGUGUAAAGUUCUUGGUGCCAAUUGUUGAUUUGGAUUAAAUAAUAUUAUAUGAUGUACAAAACCAGUAUUGGUAAUAAAUUAAAUCCAUAUGGUUUGUACAUUUUGUAGGUCAGAAAAUAUUGU